UUUUUAACUUCAUUCGCCCGUCGUUCUGAAAUGUUAAUCACCAUGAAAAGCAAAUUUAGGACUAAUAAAAAAAUACAGAUUAUUAAUGUACCUUAUGAGUCCAUAUGUGUGUGUACCACUAUACAAUCUAUUUCUGCGAUGAAGUAGUCAUGUUGUCAGAUUUGUUGAAUAUGGCAGCCAUACAGUACAAUUGUUCUUGAAUUUCAUGUCUUAAGACGGAUGGUGACAUUAACAUUGCGAUAUCUUUCAACUCGUGUGCAAUAGGCGAUCUAUUUACCUGUUUUAAAUUUUGUUUAUUUUCUAUUUUAGAUUCAGUUUUAAUUAUGGUAAUUGCAUUUAGUAUACAUGUAUUCUAAAGGUAUCUAAGCAAAGAUCCUUUUUGGUUACACACUAAUUUUGUAUCCUCACAGGUCUAGUGGGUUCUAUGUCUUGCACCUCGGAUUUCGGUUAGAUUCCUAGUUCAGGCUAACAUUAAUGCAAUUAUUUGCAGAUUUCCUUUUUAAGUAUAUUUUACAACUUUCUAGUUGGCUAAUGUUAUUUGUCUACUUUGUUAUCUAAUUUUGAUAAUUAAAUAUGCCACCUUCUCUAAAAGUUAAUUUAUUUCUACAUAAUAUACUAUCUGUAUCUUUACUGGCGAAUCUCUAAAUGUAUUUUAUUAAAAUAAAACUAAUGGAUUUCUUGUAUACGUAUUUUUACGGAAAAUAAAAUUAUUUAGUGCUGUGCUUGAUUUUAUUGUCCAUUAAAAGAGAACUGCCAGAUAUACACAAAGGCUUUAAGAGGCAAGACACGCAUAUUUUGACCUGUAUUUUUUUAGUUUUCGUUUAUUGUUUUUUCAACACCAAAAUUCAAAUAUCGGUUACACAAAAAUAACAGUAAAGCAUUUGACACUGACGAUGUUAAUUGGUGUUUCAUUUUUGCACUUCACAAGUUUUACAAUGAGCCAGGGAAUGAGGCAGUGCGUUUUGUGUUUUGUCACUGACAGCUUUAGAAUUAGUUUUACAGAAAAAAAAAACCGAAGUAUUCGUAAUUUACAAUUUGUACAGUCAAAUUCUGUGGUUCCUAGUUAAAUAAGUUUCAUUUACUUCUGAAGAAAAUGAUGUUUGGCGUGGUUUUCUGGUUAAUCUUGUCGCUUAGUGAAGUUUUUAGUGAAGAUAUACGCGAGAAUGACUAUUCUGAGAGCACAAAAGUCUUGUCGAGGCGCAAAAGGUUCUUGGUAUUUCCAGAAGGCAGUUCCUUACAACUUGUAUUCUGCGUCCAAACAGCAGCCCUGAUACCUAUAGGUGAUAUCUUUCUAUAUGGAAACACUGCGGCAUUAGCUUGGAUUUUGCCUUCGGAUACUGCGAUAUUUGACUAUUUCAAAGAACACGAAAAAUUAGAGAGACGAAAGGAUGAUAAAAAAAUCGUGUAUCUAGACGAAGAUGGACGUUAUCUGGCUAAAGUGCCUUACACAAGGAGAACCAUUGUAAAUCCCGCUUUUGCGAAGAGAAGUGUUGAUUCAAAUAACAUGUCAUUCAAAGAAAAGCUGAAAUCGAGAAUAGAUAAGAAACAGUUGCAUGAAAGACAACUAAACAGAGAUUACCUAAAGAAAGAGUUUAUGGAUGAAAUAACAAUAGAAUAUCACAGAAAAAGUCGAUUGGAGCUAUUACAGAAGUUAGAAAAACUGUAUACUGCACUCGGGAGAAACGGCCGACAAUGCGUGCUUCACAAACUAUGCGAAUCAGCAAAGAGCUCUUCAACACAGGGAACAUUCCUUCAAGAAUUCCUAAGGGUUAUCUACACGCUACCAAAAGGCAAAGAAUUUGAAGACGAAUAUCAUAAAGAAUAUGACAGAGCGCAUUCUCCAACGAACGAGUGUCUCAGCUUGUACCCCGACUGUGAAGAUUUUGAUGGAAAAUUAAGACUUAUCGUUAAUCCUGCUUUUGCUAAACGCAGUAUUGAUAGCAAGCUACUUGAAGAUUCAAAGAUUUCCAAAAAGGACAUGCACCAGAAGAGCCAAAACAUUCGCUUUCUAGACGAUAUACCAGAAUCCAGGAUUGAUUUCCAUAGGGAAGGAAGGAAAACUCUUUACACAAAACUGGAAAAAUUCUUCCAAGGAUUAGGUUGGAAUGGCAGACAGUGUGUAUUAAGGAUAUUGUGUGAAACUGGAAACUCUACGAAGAAACAAGGAAGAUUCUUAGAUGAAAUUAUCAGAGCGACUUUCACAUUACCAAAAGGACGGGAAUUCGAUUCGGAGAUUCACAAGCAGUACGAUAUAGCCCACGGGACGCGAGGGGACUGCUACAAGAUGUAUCCCGAAUGCGAAGACUUGCACGGAAGGCAAUUGUAUGAUUAAAACAAAUUGUUACUUGUG